CGUCAGAGUAGACGGUUGUUCUAUAAGAGCUUCAAGUGUAAAGUUAUUCGGUGCAAUUGGAGUUAAAUCGCUUAGCGAAAGUGACUUGCCAUAUAUUUGACGGCAAGAGAGCUCUUGAGACAAAAAAAGAGACAAAAACAAUAAACAAUACCGUUCGGUCUAGACGAACUUGCAGACGCGAUCUCGGCGACAAUAUCGCUUGGGGUGGCGAAGUGAAGUGCGGCUGAGGCUCACAAGUUUCAACAACAAAAAUCAAAACAAAUCACUCUAAAAGAAAAAAAAAACAAAACAUCAUGGCUGCUUCAUUAGCAAGAACAGAGGUGUCACUGCCACCGAAUAUCACGCUCUUGCCCACCAUACCUCGUCUAUCAAAAUUAUGGCAGACAAUCUUCAUGAUCUCCAUACUUAUAACAAUGAUAUGUAGUCAAACAACAACAACAGCAUUGGCGCACACGCCAUCCACCGAAGCACCGUUCUUUAUGCCGCAUUCGACUUUGCCGAAAGUUUGCCUUUACGAAAUGGGUUGCUUGCAGGGCAAACAUAUGCCUGGUUUAGGUGCGCACAAUUUCGAGGCAUUUCUGGGCAUACCGUACGCUUUGCCGCCAGUGGGCGAGCGUCGCUUUGCGAUUCCCAAAGCAUUUCCACGUUGGUGGGGUAUUUUGGAUGCGACCGCGCCGAAGCAGAAUUGUGUGCAAAAGAAUUACAUACUACCGAAUCCGGUGGUGGAAGGCGUCGAAGAUUGCCUUUACUUGAAUAUCUACAGACCAAUGACAGACGCCAAACAGUUACUGCCCGUUAUGGUUUAUAUACAUGGUGGCGGCUGGUUUAGUGGUAGUGCCAGUCCACUAUUACAUGGUCCCGAAUAUAUUAUGGAAACCAAAGAGGUCAUCUUGGUAUCCAUCGCUUAUAGAUUAGGACCUUUUGGCUUUCUCUCAACCGACGAUGCCAAUAUGCCCGGCAAUCUGGGUCUUAAAGAUCAAAAUUUGGCGCUGCGUUGGAUUAAACUCAAUAUCCGCGCUUUCGGCGGCGAUCCGGAGAAGGUAACCAUAUUUGGGCAAAGCGCUGGUGCCAUUUCUGUGCACCUACACAUGCUGAGUCGUCAAUCCGAAGGUCUCUUUCGUAGCGCUAUCACAAUGAGCGGCACCGCAAAUGUACCAUUUGCCAUUAAUGACUCACCGCUGCAACAGACACGUGACAUCGCUCGGUUUUGUAAUAUCAGUAAUGUGGAAGAGCUGAGCACCGCUAAACUCGCACGCGCUUUACGUGCGUUGAACGCCGAGGACAUAAUUAAUGCGGGAGAUAAACUCAAAUAUUGGAAUGUGGAUCCCAUGACGAAUUUCCGUCCAAUCGCGGAGAAGCACGGCGACGGACAUGCAUUUCUUACCCAACACCCUGUGAAAAUAAUGAAAGAGGGUAAAUACACGCCUGUGCCAUGGCUGAAUGGUGGCGUUCCAGGCGAGGGGGCAGUUCGUGUGUUCUCCAUCUUAGCCAAUGAAACGCUAAGACAACAAUUCAAUGCGAACUUUCACGAGUUGUUCGAAAAGUUGCUCGAGUUUCCAACGCACUUUACGCGCCCGCAGUUGACAGCAAAAACGCAGCUGGUCAUCGAUGAGUACUUUGGUGGUCGUCCAGUAAUCGACAAUACAACCGCGCAGGGUUUCCUUGACUGCAUCAGCGAUCGCGGCUUUCAUCAUCCCUACUACAAUGCCAUCCGUGCUUAUGUGCAUACAGUCGAUGUGAAAAAGUAUCCGGUCUAUUUGUAUAAGCUCAGUUACAAAGGUCAACAUAGCUUUACCAGCAUUUAUACGGGUGGCGUACCAAUCGGUGAAUUUGGUGCCGUACAUUGUGAUGAUCUAAUUUAUACCUUCCGUUCGCCUGUGAUAUUUGCCGAUUUCAAGCAGAGCUCGGCAGAUGCAUCUCUAGCCACGUAUUUUACCAGGAAUCUUGUUCAUUUCGCCAAAUAUGGCAAACCGUUGAAUGUAGACGCCUUAAAACCAUGUACGGCCGCUACAUUUGACCAGAAAUCGGAUGCAAUUUGUGAUUAUCAAGAAUUUUCGAAUUCUGGCAAUGAUUCUUUCAAAACUUCCACAAACAACAAGUUUCACGUGAAGCGUGCAAAACUAUGGAAUGCGAUUUUAGAAAUAGAUGAUUAGACUGAGGUUCGUUAGAGCAUUUAUUUAUGGAAUUUACUAAGUUUUAAUGUAGUAUCUUGAAAAAAGUGAGCACAAAACUCGCACAAACUGAGAUUUUAGCAUUAGCAUUUAGAUUUUUUA